AUACAUAAUAUAUACAGCUUCUUCUCAACUCGUCACAUCACAAGCUAAAGGAAACUCAAGACGGGAUGAGGAGCUACUGAGCUAUCUGUUAAUAUAAGAUUAACUCUCGUUCCAUUCCACUAUUAACAGCUAUCGUACCAUCUCAAGUAAAAUCCCUACGUUCAGUGGCAAAUUAGAUGAUAUAGUGUUGACCUUCUAUUCCAAUCCUCAUGCACCACAACCAAGCACAAAAAGAAGGCGGCGGAAAAGAAGCUAUGGUGACGAGGGGGGGAACAUGGCUCACUCGUUGGCGUUCCUGUCUGUAUCUUUUGUUUCAGUUAGUGAGGGAUGACCGGAUGGUCGAAUCAUGUAUAAAGACUCUGGAAUAUUCCUGAUGGAGUUUCAUUGCAGCAUCUUCUACAGUACUGCAUCUGCAUCUACCAUUCACCUGCAGACUGCCGUUGAAAUCUCCGAGAGGGUCCAAUCAGUUAGAAUCGGUUGUUCUAUUUCUAAUAAUCACCAUGCUCCUCAAACUCGCACUUGUCUGUCUGGGCAAUCUCGUUACCUCAAUUUGUUGCAUCGAUAUAACAGUAAAUUCCAUUCUCGACGCCCAGAUCAAAGUUGCUUCUAGCCAGCUUGACAAAAUGAAUCUUCUGUUGAACAACAACCUGACUUGGUUCUUCGAUUUCACAACGCAGCCUCACUACACCUACACGCCAGGCGCUGUCGUCAACGCCGAUGCUGCUACAUUUCCUGCUUCAACUAACUACGGCAUGACGAUGGCGUUGAUAAAUUUGGGCCCAUGUGGAAUGUUACCUCCUCAUUACCAUCCGCGUGGGACGAAUUUUGUGGUGGCAGUCGAGGGUGUGACACAAACGUGGAUGGUUGAGGAGAAUGGGGCAAAGAUCGUUAAUCAAACGCUGAGGCCAUGGCAGAUGACAAUCUUCCCAAGGGGCAGUAUUCACAGUAUGCAAAAUAUAGGUACUGUACGCCCUCGUAGACUAAGAUUGUCAAUGCUAAAUGGAAUCAAGGUUGUACCAAAGCUACUCUUGUGUCGGCGCUGAAUUCGGAGGAUGCAGGCACACAGAAUAUUCUUAAUGGGUUUGCGCAACUCCCAAAGGAUAUAAUGACAGCUGCUUUUGGUAAUCCGACAGGAGGGUUCAGCCUGCCUCCCAUACCAGAAGUAGGCACUGGCAGUAUAAUUGGAUCUGCAGCGUGCCUGGCAGCUUGCAGAGGAAAAAUGUGAUAACCGGAUCUAGCGCUCCUCCAACUGUAAGUCAUUGACCCUCUAGCGGCUCAGUGAACUUGCUAGUGAUUCACAGUAGGUGUCUUAUCAGUGUUAUGUUGUAGUGGCGUUUGAUGAUUGGAUGUACAACACAACAUGGCGUCGUUGUCGUUUGGUGAUUGGGAAAGACAACAUAAUCUAGGGUUGUGGAUUAUUGUUUGGAGGAAACUAUGUAGUGACAUGAUAUAACAACCGUGCAAGUAUUUCAACAUCGUCCCUACUUGUCUUGGUGCAAUAUAUCCGUAGUAACCACGCAGAGUCUAACACUAGCUGUCAAGGUUGACCAAGCGAGGAAAUAAUGCUUGA